UAUUUUACCUACAGUAUUAUAGAACAGCUUCUGCAGACAGAAAUGGAUCUUGCAAUCAAUGGAAAGUGUUCAAUGCAACCGCUGUCAAAGUUUGUUGAUUCUGACAGAGUGCGGGUUGCCACUACACUGCAUGAUUACAGUGUAAAUGAACCCAAAGUGCUGGUCUAUCCUUCUGGUGACGAUGACACUGGCCCAGAUGAGGUGGUGUUGAACAUUCAGGGCUAUCUGCUGAAUAGAAGGCUACCACCCAUUCUUUCAAAGACAGAUGGUCUAGCUGGAUGGGAGGUCAAGUGGGAAGGCGGUCACAUUGUUCUGGACUUUCACAACCGCUAUCUGAUGCCACAUAGCAAGGUGCACACCUCGACCAUUCUGACUAUUCCUGAGGAGAUGGACCCUUAUCAUAUACUUCGUAACCGGAUAACAAAUGAGGUCUACACUCAGGACAAUGAGGUCAAGUACUUUGAGUGUACCAAGGAAAGCCAUAAUGGGAUCAUUCUAUUGAGUAUCAGGUACUUAUUGCUUGCUUCUCAUCAGGAGCUGAAUCAGGAGCAUCUUUGCUCUAUGAUGGGUAGUUCAUCCUCUCUGAAGAAAGUGAAGCAGUGGGUGGACUAUGAGGAGAAUAGUGAUGUGGAGGAAGCUCAAUCUGACCUAAAGUGCAUGCGUCUUGACUCUGUAGAUGAGCUUAGGGAAGGUGACUUUACCAGCAUAGCACAAGUCACCUGCCAGAAGGAGGGCAUUCAACUGCCUAAUUUGAGGGAGAAUCUUCUUACCACCAGAGGUACCAGAAAGCACCCACUGGAGAGCAGUAGGGAAGCUUGCCUUGCCACCCACUGCAUGAUCCUCCAGGAACUUGUGCCACAAAGGUUCUGCAGCAAAGUAUUGAGCUGCUGUACUGGGAGAGUGACCUUUUGA